GAGGAUUGCCUGAACCCAGGAGGUGGAGGCCGCAGUAAGCCAUGAUUUCACCAGUGUACUCCAGCCUGGGUGACAGAGUGAGACCCAGUCUCUAAAAGAAAGAGAGAGAGACAAGAGAGGAGAGAGGAGAGAGAGGACAGAGGAGAGCAAAGAAAGACUGUCAGAGGAAAUUAGGCAGAGGGCAAGAUAAAGCCAUUCAGGAGGCUUUUCUUUAGUAUGAUUGGGCCAACUUUAGUAUUAUGUCCAUCCCAAGCCAGUAACAGUUUUUAUGGGAAUUGACUUAGACUAAUCAGGAUCCACUCCUUGAGCUGGGGAUAAGAUCAGCUUUCUCCAAAGCACAAGUGGGAGAGGGAAACCCAAACUGAAUUAGGGUUGGGUUAGGAAGAAAGGAGUUUGGCAAGGGUGAGAUGCUAACAGACAUUAUGAAACUCUGUGGUGGUGCAGUGAUAGAGCCGGGCACAGUAUAUGAUGGAAUCACUGACGCUGGAGGGACGUCCUAAACUAGCCUGAAGUAGUCAGGAAGAACUCUCUGGAGGAAGUAAGGCCUGGCCUAAAUCUUCAGGAUGAGGAGGAGUGAACCAGACAAAAGAGCAAGGGGUGAGGAGAAUGGCUUUCCAGGCAGAAGGAACAACAUAAGCAAAGUCACAGAGAAGACAAGCAACAUGGUGUUGUAUGAAGCUACAAGCAUUUUGGUGUUGCUGGAAUUUCAGGGCCUGCACCCUAGAAUAAUAGCUGAAGGAUUUGAAGCUGCAAAGAUAAAAGCACUUGAAGUUUUGGAGGAAGUUAAAGUGACAAAGGAGAUGAAAAGAAAAAUCCUCUUAGAUGUAGCUAGAACAUCAUUACAAACUAAAGUUCAUGCUGAACUGGCUGAUGUGUUAACAGAGGUUGUGGUGGAUUCUGUUUUGGCUGUUAGAAGACCAGGUUACCCUAUUGAUCUCUUCAUGGUAGAAAUAAUGGAGAUGAAGCAUAAAUUAGGAACAGAUACAAAGUUGAUCCAAGGAUUAGUUUUGGAUCAUGGUGCCCGUCAUCCAGAUAUGAAGAAGCGAGUAGAAGAUGCAUUUAUCCUUAUUUGCAACGUUUCACUGGAAUAUGAAGAAACAGAGGUGAACUCUGGUUUCUUUUAUAAGACUGCAGAAGAGAAAGAGAAAUUGGUAAAAGCUGAAAGAAAAUUUAUUGAAGAUAGAGUACAAAAAAUAAUAGACCUGAAGGACAAAGUUUGUGCUCAGUCAAAUAAAGGAUUUGUCGUCAUCAAUCAAAAGGGAAUUGAUCCAUUUUCCUUAGAUUCUCUUGCAAAACAUGGAAUAGUAGCUCUUCGCAGAGCAAAAAGAAGAAAUAUGGAAAGACUCUCUCUUGCUUGUGGUGGAAUGGCCAUGAAUUCUUUUGAAGAUCUCACCGUAGAUUGCUUGGGACAUGCUGGUCUUGUGUAUGAGUAUACAUUAGGUGAAGAAAAGUUCACUUUUAUUGAGGAGUGUGUUAACCCUUGCUCUGUUACCUUGUUGGUUAAAGGACCAAAUAAGCAUACUCUCACACAAGUCAAGGAUGCCAUAAGAGAUGGACUUCAUGCUAUCAAAAAUGCCAUUGAAGAUGGUUGUAUGGUUCCUGGAGCUGGUGCAAUUGAAGUGGCAAUGGCUGAAGCUCUUGUUACAUAUAAGAACAGUAUAAAAGGAAGAGCUCGUCUUGGAGUCCAAGCUUUUGCUGAUGCCUUACUCAUUAUUCCCAAGGUUCUUGCUCAGAAUGCUGGUUAUGACCCACAGGAAACAUUAGUAAAAGUUCAGGCUGAGCAUGUCGAGUCAAAACAACUUGUGGGCGUAGAUUUGAAUACAGGUGAGCCAAUGGUAGCAGCAGAUGCAGGAGUUUGGGAUAAUUAUUGUGUAAAAAAACAACUUCUUCACUCUUGCACAGUGAUUGCCACCAACAUUCUCCUGGUUGAUGAAAUUAUGCGAGCUGGGAUGUCUUCUCUCAAAUGAUGAUUGAAUUCAAAAUCAACCCUUCUAGAAGAUGAAAUUUAGUACACUUUACAUCUGACUACUAUUGUGUAGCCUGAGCCAUUCUGAAUUUCUACACAAUAAAUGCAGUUUAUGUCUUUUGGGUCUUAA